UUGGCGCGGCCCAGGCGGCAGAGGCCUCUGCGGCGCGGUCCUCGGAGACACGCGGCUCUUCCCGGUUCCGGCCAUGGCCGACUACCUGAUUAGCGGGGGCACGUCCUACGUGCCAGACGACGGGCUCACCGCACAGCAGCUGUUCAACUGCGGGGACGGCCUCACCUACAAUGACUUUCUCAUUCUCCCUGGGUACAUCGACUUCACUGCAGACCAGGUGGACCUGACUUCUGCUCUGACCAAAAAGAUCACUCUGAAGACUCCACUGGUUUCUUCACCCAUGGACACAGUCACAGAGGCUGGGAUGGCCAUAGCAAUGGCGCUUACUGGUGGUAUUGGCUUCAUUCACCAUAACUGUACACCUGAAUUCCAGGCCAAUGAAGUUCGGAAAGUGAAGAAAUAUGAACAGGGAUUCAUCACGGACCCUGUGGUCCUCAGCCCCAGGGAUCGAGUGCGGGAUGUGUUUGAAGCUAAGGCCCGACAUGGCUUCUGUGGUAUACCCAUCACUGACACAGGCCGGAUGGGGAGCCGUCUGGUGGGCAUCAUCUCCUCAAGGGAUAUUGAUUUCCUCAAGGAGGAGGAGCACGAUCGUUGUUUGGAAGAGAUCAUGACAAAGAGAGAAGACUUGGUGGUAGCCCCUGCAGGCAUCACAUUGAAGGAAGCAAAUGAAAUUCUGCAGCGCAGCAAAAAAGGAAAGUUGCCCAUUGUAAAUGAAGACGAUGAGCUGGUGGCCAUCAUUGCCCGGACAGACCUGAAGAAGAACCGUGAUUACCCACUGGCCUCUAAAGAUGCCAAAAAGCAGCUGCUAUGUGGAGCAGCUAUUGGCACUCAUGAGGAUGACAAGUAUCGACUAGACUUAUUAGCGCAGGCUGGUGUAGACGUAGUGGUUUUGGACUCUUCCCAGGGAAACUCCAUUUUUCAGAUCAACAUGAUCAAGUACAUCAAAGAGAAAUACCCCAGUCUCCAAGUUAUCGGAGGAAAUGUGGUCACAGCUGCUCAGGCCAAGAACCUCAUUGAUGCUGGUGUAGAUGCUUUGCGUGUGGGCAUGGGCAGUGGUUCCAUCUGUAUCACCCAGGAAGUGCUGGCCUGUGGACGGCCCCAAGCAACAGCAGUAUAUAAGGUGUCAGAAUAUGCACGGCGUUUUGGUGUUCCUGUCAUCGCUGACGGAGGAAUCCAAAACGUGGGCCACAUUGCCAAAGCUUUGGCCCUUGGGGCCUCCACAGUCAUGAUGGGCUCCCUCCUGGCUGCUACCACUGAGGCCCCUGGAGAAUAUUUCUUCUCUGAUGGGAUUCGCCUAAAGAAAUACCGUGGAAUGGGGUCUCUCGAUGCCAUGGACAAACAUCUCAGCAGCCAGAACCGAUAUUUCAGUGAAGCUGACAAAAUCAAAGUAGCUCAGGGGGUGUCUGGGGCUGUGCAAGACAAAGGGUCCAUCCACAAAUUUGUUCCCUACCUGAUUGCCGGCAUCCAGCACUCAUGCCAGGACAUUGGUGCCAAGAGUUUGACACAAGUCCGAGCCAUGAUGUAUUCUGGGGAACUCAAGUUUGAGAAGAGAACAUCCUCAGCUCAGGUAGAAGGUGGUGUCCACGGCCUCCAUUCGUAUGAGAAACGGCUUUUCUGAAAAGGGAUACAGCACGCGCGCGCACACGCACACACACACACACACACACCCUGGUUUUUCAAUAAAAGUUUGAAAAAAA